CAUGUCCGUGCUUUUCCGCAAGAUGUGUUGAUUUUUAGGUAGAUGUAGUUGUUGUCCCGUCGGUUCCCCUUAACCGAGGUUAGAUGCUGCUAGCGGUGGUUCUACUGGCUUGGAGCCAUGGCCCCGGCGCUUGGGGCUCGCAUACAGAACGCAAUGGCGACCACGAUGCUGAUAUCUACGAUCGUUACGACGAGAAAGCUGUCAGCUCGUCGUCAAUAAUGACGUCAAUGAUGUCUAUGUUGUCGACGCAGUCGGGGGACACGGGGGGCACGGGGGGCACGGCGGGGCCCACGAGGAUCCGGCGGGAAGACCAAACCCCUCCGGUCCGCACCCUUAGCCCGAACGAGAUCAGUGAAGUCAGAGGUGUUCUUAAAGAAAUGAUGGCAGGUCGGAACCUGAGCGAUUUCACUCAGGACGUGACGAACAAUAAGAGGCUUGUUGACCUCUUGUCAUCAACUGCCUCCAAUCAGAUCGACCUAAGCACAGUAUCUGCGUAUAUGUUGAGAGAUAGAUAUAUGGCACAUAAUACGGAACCACAGAUUGAUAAGAAGUUAUCGUAUCUUAGAGGAGUAUACUACAAGAUGUAUAUUUAUACGGAUCUCAGAUGCAGGAAGGAACCUUUCCUAAGAAUAAAGUAUCAUGGGACAACAUGCCCUAGCUUGUGUGUCAACACUACUACUUGCAAGUCAUGGGUAGUGGUAGAUAGCAGGUGUGAUUUUUAUGAUGUAAACCAGCAUGAUAGGGAAUAUUGUCAUACCAUUUACGACACUUAUUCAACUUACUAUGAAAUACGAUCCAGGCCCACUACUCCGACCACGACAACUACCACGACGACUACGACGACCGAGGCCGCCUCCACGGCUGACAUCAUCGAUAUUAGGAAGCUGGUGGCGAUCAUAGCGAACCUCACCAUGAACACCAUCGAGUCCAACCUGACGGAGCUGUUCAACGCCACCCUGCAAAAGUACGGCAUCCCGAUGUGCGGAGACACCACCACCACCGAGGAGCCCACAUAUGACUUCGUCAACGCCUCCAUCAUCUCCAAGUGCUUUGUGUGCGGCAUGGGCACGCCGGGGAUUCCCCGCAACGCGUAUUGCGCGGACGCCUUCGCGGGAGACUUCUUGCCGCUGGUUCCCGUCGACCCGCGAGCCAAGGGACAGAUCGCGACCUACCGGAAGUACUGCCGGUAUCUGGACGUGCCUGGUAUGCUGAUCAACGAGACGCAGCCGCGUUCUGUUUUCGGGCGCUGGACCGGCGGGUGCUCCGUGCGCUGGAUCGACCUGAGCGGCGUCUACACGCAGCGCGCCUGCCGCAACCGCCGCCACGCGACCAUGGGCCAACACUACGUCAGCAAGCGCAUGGCCAAGCUCGAGAUGGCUCUGAAGAACGAAGACAACGGCUGCAUCAUAAGUCCAAUGUCAUCUCUCGUCCCGCUCUCACGCGGUAUCUCGCUCUACGCGCGUUUCCACGCGUGCGUAUGCACCGGCAGCUGGUGCAACGUCACGCCAGGCGUGCGAGCGUGGCGGGGCACUGUCGUGACGUGGCGGGACACUGUCGUGGCGUGGCAAGCGUGGCUCACGAUCGCGCUGAUCACGGCCGUGACGGUGACGUGACUGGCGCCUACUUAACCGAGGAAGAGGGGAAUCAUUUUGAGUUUUGUUUUUGUUUUUGGAUGUUUUUUUUGUUUCCUUUUUGGUUUCAGUAAAUAUACAA